GCCAAAAAAAAAGAGUAGAAAUGUUUCUAGUCGGAUGAAUUUGGNAUUGAGAGAGAGAGAGAGAGAGAGAGAGAGAGAGAGAGAGAGAGAGAGAGAGAGAGAGAGAGAGAGAGAGAGAGAGAGAGAGAGAGAGCAGAGAGGAGGGGGGCGUAGGUGUCAAAAUGUUGCUCUCGCACCUGCCUCAGCUUGCAAAGAAGCAAAUCGUUUUAGCAUCAGCCUCCCCGAGGCGAGCAGAACUGUUGAGAAGCCUUGGGUUGAAGUUUGAUGUUGUGCCAUCGUCGUUUGAGGAGACCCUCGUGAAAUCCUCUUUCCCAACUGCAGGAGAUUAUGCCGCAGAGACUGCAAUGCACAAGGCAAUUGAUGUCGCUAGAAAAGUCAUAAUGACCGCAUCGAGUGAGAGGUCUGACGGAAGCACCAGUGCCGUUGAUCUGGUGAUCGGAGCAGACACAGUCGUUGAAUGUGCGGGGCGCAUCUUAGAGAAACCGGCAGAUGAGGCCGAUGCUGUGGAGAUGUUGCAAUUGUUACGUGGCAGGUUGCAUGAGGUAUACACCGGGGUUGCACUGGUGGUCCCCGCCGCUGCGGACCCAGCUGUUGGGACUCCCCCGCUGGUGCGCCUGUUUUGGGAGAAGAGUUCCGUAGAGUUUGCCGCGCUCGAUGAUGAGACGAUUCAGGCUUACGUGGCAACAGGUGACCCACUAGAUAAGGCAGGGGGUUAUGGAAUUCAGGGACCUGGGGGUACCCUUGUAAAGGGGGUCCAGGGCGUGUGCGAGGACGUCGUUUUCUCUCCCGAUGUUUACUCGCGCCAUAGCCGGCGUCAAGAGCAACUGGACCUGGGUUCAUCGAGCGUUUUUCCAACGGAGAAGGGUAUUGCAAGGUGGACCUCCACAGAUUUCCGGGUUCCGCUGUGCGAGGAGCAUUCACAGACAAGCUGCCAAAUAUCCACCAAGCCUGUUCCCUCGCUCAGACCUUACCGCGGCCAAUGGUCGGAGCCGGAGCCGUCAGCGAUUGGCACACAGAAAUAUGACUGGCAGAAAAAGCAGGUCUUUGCCCUCUCGGCAACGGAAAUUGGGAGACUGCUGGUGUCGGACGAGUGUGAGUUCUACCACGAUCCGAACAUGGGGCAAAGCAAGCAAGGGCAGGUGAAUAAGAGGCUGACCGUUCGUUUAUCACAGGACGGCAGCGCAAUCUUUUUCACUUUGGAAGUGAAUAACGACAUAGAGAAUGUGAAGGAAAAGAUUCAGAUUCCUCUGAAGCGAGACGAGAUUGCUGUCAUGCGUGCGGCAUUCCAGUACAUCUUGCCGCACUUGAUGGGUUGGCAUGCUAUUGUCGAUCCGUCCCAAGCAAUCAUUGCGCCAACAACGUCGGGAGAAGGCAGGGGUAAGCUGCUGUCUGAGAAAGACGAAAAUGUUCACUGGGAGUGAGACAGGGGAUUCCUCUAAAGCGAGACGAGAUUGUUGUCAUGCGUGCGGCAUUCCAGUACAUAUCUUGCCGCACUUGAUGCGUUGACAUGCUGUUGUCGAUCCGUCCCAAGCAAUCAUUGCUCCUACGACGUCAGGAGAAGGCAGGCAGGGGUAAGGUGCAGUCUGAGAGCGACGAAAAUGUUCGCUGGGGGUGAGACAGGGAUAAGGUGCAGUCUGAGAGCGACGAAAAUGUUCGCUGGGGGUGAUGAAAAGGCAGUUAGUGGACGAGAGCUGCACAGCCUCCCCACCUCCUUCUCCCCCUUUGCUUGCUUCCGCUCAGGCAGAGGGAUCGUAACAGAAGAGAGUUGGGAUUUGUACGAGGAUUCUCUGGCAGCGACACGGCAUGUCGAUUUUGUUUCGUCACCAUGUCUUCAGAAGCUUUUUUUUUUCGUUUUUUUUUUUCUUUUUCUUGUUUUUGUCUUCAGAGGCUUUGACCAUCACAUCAACCCAAGAAUGUGACGACAGAAAUAUGUGGUGGUUGUCUUCUGUGCCUUUUUCAUGCACACGAUUCCAGGCCAAUUGUGAGUAGAAGUCUGGCGUCUUCAGUUUCUACACUCCUAUAGGGCGUCUCUUCUGUGCGUUUUUCAUGUGCACAAUUUGUCUGAUGAUUCGGAUCCGAUAAAUCCAUGCAGCAUCA